AUAAAACUAGAUUACCUAGAUAAAGGUGUUUUUAUUGAUAAUGACUAAUUUUUUAUCGCUGUUGUUUCUUACCAUACAUGAGCAUACUGUGUACAAACGAGCCACUGAUGUCUCCAGUGCUGAAUACAUUUACAAUAGGCACAGACAAACCUUCAAAUCUGAGGCUACCUACUACGGCGAGUAUUCCGAGGGUGGCGCAUGCGCUUUAGAUCCACUCUCCCCAAUGUCUUCUCAGCCUGGUUGGAUAAGAGUGGCUGCAGGUUCAGAUGACUUUCAAAAAUCUCUCGGCUGUGGAAUGUGCGUGGAAAUUACAGGUUCAGGAAAAGGAAGUGGAUCUGAUCCCGUCACUGGAGUUACCAAAGCCAUUGUUCAUGAUCUGUGCGGAGGCUGUGGCAAAGGUGGUUAUGAUCUGUUUAUCCCUGGUGACGGUAGAUGGGAUAUCGAAACAAAAGCUAUUGACUGUCCAACUGUCCCGGGCAAGGAUGGGAAUAUCAUGUUCAGAUUUACUGGAAGCAACCCGUGGUAUGUCAAAUUGCAAGCGCGAAACAUCAAAGUUCCGGUAGCUGGUAUGGAAAUCCUUAAAAAUGGAAAGUAUUCUUGUCUCAAGAGGACUGGUGACAAUUACUUUAUCGGUGAUGGUCUGGGUAAAGUUGACUUUCCCAUGACUGUACGAGUGACCGCGGUGACAGGAGAACAG